CCCGGAAUAAUAACAUCAGCAGCUGUGAGUUUAGAGCGUGAGUUUCAGCAGCAGAACUUCUAGAAGAUAAGACUUUAAGUUCCAGAUAUUAAGACUUUAAAUGUUCCAGAUAUUUGCCCUCUAACUGCCGGGGUAACUUCCAGAUAUUUGCCCUCUAACUGCCGGGGUAACUUCCAGAUAUUUGCCCUCUAACUGCCGGGGUAACUUCCAGAUAUUUGCCCUCUAACUGCCGGGGUAACUUCCAGAUAUUUGCCCUCUAACUGCCGGGGUAACUUCCAGAUAUUUGCCCUCUAACUGCCGGGGUAACUUCCAGAUAUUUGCCCUCUAACUGCCGGGAUGUUCGCCGCUCUGCUGUCCGUGUCGCUGCCCUUCCUGCUCUGCGUUGUUCUGGUGAACACCGGCCUGUUUGACUCGGUUCUGGUGGACCUGGACCCGAGUCACUACGCGGAGAAGCGCGUGCACGCUCUGCCCGCGUUCCUGGCGAUGCCGUGUAACUGCUUGGUGAACGUGGGUUAUAUCUGCGUGGGUCUGUACUGGCUGCUGUGGAACCGGCUCGGUACCGAACCCGACCGGAGCCGCUACAUGAGGCAGGUGUUCGCGCUCAUGGCCCUGGUCUACGCGCCCGUGCAGUGGACGCGCCUGACGGUGCUGCGGCUCGCUCCCGCCGUGCUCGACCAGUGGCUCACGCUACCGAUCUUCGCGUGGGUUCGGGUGUGGAUCCGGUACAUCGAGGAGCCUCCGGGCCGAUGGAGCGGCGCGCACGGAGCCGCGCACGGGGCCGCGCUGGAGCUGUGCUCGCUGCUGAGCUACGGACUGACACUGCUGCACGCGCGGGGCUUCGAGGCGGCUCUGGGCGCGCACGUCGCCCUGGCCGUGCACGCGGCGGUUCGGCUGCAGCUCAAGUACGGGGACCGUCGCACGCGCACGGUUCUGCUGCUGGCGGUGCUGUCCUGUGCGGGCUUCGUGGUGCUGAAGCUGCUGGACCACCAGCUGGCCCGGUACCGGCUGUUCCAGCGGCUCACCGGACACUUCUGGUCCAAAGUCUGCGACGUGCUGCAGUUCCACCUCAGCUUCCGCUUCCUGACGGCUCUGGAUCAGCGGGUCCAACAGAACCGGGCCAAGGCUGCAGGACUAACAGAACCGGUCCAAGGCUGCUGGACUAACAGAACCGGUCUAAAGCUGCAGGACUAACAGAACCGGUCCAAGGCUGCAGGACUAACAGAACCGGUCUAAAGCUGCAGGACUAACAGAACCGGUCUAAAGCUGCAGGACUAACAGAACCGGUCCAAGGCUGCAGAACUAACAGAACCGGUCUAAAGCUGCAGGACUAACAGAACCGGUCCAAGGCUGCAGGACUAACAGAACCGGUCUAAAGCUGCAGGACUAACAGAACCGGUCCAAGGCUGCAGGACUAACAGAACCGGUCCAAGGCUGCAGGACUAACAGAACCGGUCCAAGGCUGCAGGACUAACAGAACCGGUCCAAGGCUGCAGGACUAACAGAACCGGUCUAAAGCUGCAGGACUAACAGAACCGGAUCAGUUGGGUUCUGACUGAUGGAUGUGCCUGGGGGCACUAGGACCCUGGUGAUCCAGGUGAAUGCAGCUCACCUGAGCAGGUGUGUCAGCGUCACUCACUCAUCAGUCAUCAAUCUGCUAUAAUCAGAAUCAUUUUGGAGUUUUUUAUUUUUACAGAAUUUGUAAUGAUAGUUUUCUGUAGCAUGUGAGAAUUUCUUCACUAAAUAAACAGUUUUUGUUUCUGAUCUCUGAGGUGAAUCUGCUCUAAUUCUGUUUAUAUCCUCUGAGGAUUUUAUUUAGUCUUUUUCUAUUUUUACCUGUAGCUGGGAGUCACUACAAAACAUAACAAUAGAGAUUGUUGAACUUUACAGCCAAAGUGCUGUUUGCUCCUUUUCCUGGUUUGCUCUUGUUAUUUUAUUUAUUUAGUGCUCAGUUGUGUUCAGAGUUCACCUGUUGAUUUGACAUCACUCCAGGUUCACUCUUCUGUUGGGAGAAAUUAAUUUAUUCUAGUUUGAUUGACUCACCUGUUUGCAUCGUUAACUAUACUCUGUCCAGGUGAUUCAGAACAUGUUGUCCAUGUAGCUACAGAAGGAGACAUCACCUGAAGGUGCAGUAAAAUGAGAGUCCAACAUUACUGUGCUGCACCUGUUUCCUGUUUCCAGGUGACUUUAAGGCUGAUCUGUGAACAGUGAGCUGAUUUUAGAGAACUGAUUGUGCUACGAUGCUGUUAACCCGCUUUGAACCCAUUUUUCCCAGCUGUUAAAAGUAAACUUAAAAUGUUAAACUCUGAAGAUUUGAAAUGUUUAUGAGUGACAAAUUUGCAGAAAUACAGCAAAAGAGAGAAGAAAGCAGAAGACUGAGGACCUCUGGAGAGACCAGGACUUUGCUCCGGACAUUCUCUGACUCUGUGGUGGUCUGCUGACUGGACAGAAGGUCAGGAGGUUCUGGACUCCAUAGAGGAGGAUGGUGGAGAAGCUCACGUCCAUCAUGGACUCUGACCCACUGCUGGAGGCUUCAAAAAGACCUCCACCCUAUGACAGGUCAUCAGCACCACUGGCUGAUGGGAGCAUAAACCAGACUUAUAUCAUGUAUUAUUAUUAUUAUUAUUAUUAUUAUUAUUAUCUCAACCAGAACAAACUCUGCACUGCUGCAUCUUUGCAAUUUUACAUUUAUUUUCAAGUCACUUUAUAUUGCUGUUGUCUACAGUGUGUCAAUACUGUAUAUGCUCAUUUUAAUUUUUCAUCCUUGUACAUAUUGCAAUUAUUAUUACGUUUCUUUGCUGCUUUAACAGUGUGAAUUUCCCCUGGCGUGGGGAGCAAUAAAGGAUUAUCUUAUCUCUUA